AUGGCGGCGCACGAAGGCGCACCGGCACACCGCACGCGGACCCGCACAGACUCGCAGGCGACCGUCGCCGUGCAGGACGACAGCGCGCUCGACGACGACAAGGCGGACAAGGCGGGCGAGCUGGGCGUCGAGGGACUGCAGGCGACGGCGGGCAAGAAGGACCUGCGCUUCUGGCUCGUGUUUGCGUGCCUGCUCCUCGCCACAUUCAACGCGGCCGUCGAGCAGACUGCCAUCUCGACCGCGCUCCCGACCAUCGCCCGCGACCUCAACGGCGACGACUAUGCCUGGAUCGCCAACGUCUUCAUGAUAUGCAGCGCGGCCGUCAUCCCGUGGAGCGGCGGCCUCGCCUACAUCCUCGGCCGGCGCGCCGUCUUCUACGGCGGCCUCGCCCUCUUCACGCUCGGCAGCGUCGUGUGCGCCGUCGCGCAAAACAUGGACACGAUGCUCGCCGGCCGAGGCGUCCAGGGUGCCGGCGCGGGCGUCAUCUUUGCCGCCGUCGAGAUCAUCCUGAGCGACAUGGUCCCGCUCGCCGAGCGAGGAGUGUACCAGGGCGCGUUCUCGGCUACCUGGUCAGUCGCCUCGGCUGCUGGUCCACUCCUCGGCGGCGCCUCAAAGGUCCCGAGGGCGACCUGCGCGAGAAGCUCGGCAAGAUGGACUGGCGCGUCCGCUCUUCCUCCCCUUCCUCCUUCUCGACAAGGCACGGCACAUCUGACGCUCGACGCCCGCGACAGGAUCGGCAACCUCAUCUUCAUCCCGUCCAUCUCGGUUCUCAUCCUCGGUAUCGUGUCGGGCGGCGAGCUGCACCCGUGGACGUCGGCCUACGUGAUCGCGACCAUCGUCUGUGGCGCAGCCGGGCUCGUCCUGUGGUUCGUCGUCGAGAAGCACUGGGUCAAGCACCCGACCGUCCCGUUCGACGCCAUGAUGAACCGCACGAGCCUCGUCGGCUUCCUCACGACUUUCCUGCACGGCGUCGUCGCCAUGGGCGUCUACUACUACUGGCCCGCCUACUUCCAGUCGGCCAAGGCGACGACGACCAUUGGCUCGGCCGUCGACUUUCUUCCCGUCGUCCUCAUCGUGUCGCCGACGGCGAUGCUCUCGGGCAUCUGGAUCUCGAAGCGCCAGUCGUACAAGGGCGUCAACGUCAUCGGCUGGAUCGCGCUCACGGUCGGGCCGGGCGUCCUCACGGUCACUAAGGCGACGACCUCGACUGCGGGAUGGGUCCUCAUGCCAAUGAUCAGCGCGUUCGGCAUCGGCGUCCUGUACGCCGCCACCGUCUUCCCGAUCCUCGCGCCGCUCCCGCCGAGCAUCGCCGGCCAGGCCCUGUCGUUCCAGAUGCUCGUCCGCACCUUCGGCAACGUCCUCGGCAUCUCGAUCGGCUCGUCCGUCAUCAGCAACGUCCUCGCCGACAAGCUGCCGCAAGAGUACCUCGACAUGGUGCCCGGCGGUACGGCGGGCGCGUACGCGUCGAUCCCGCUCAUUCGCGGGCUCGCCGAGCCGCUCAAGAUGCAGGUCCGCGAGGCGUUCGCGGCGUCCCUGCGCGUCGUCUGGAUCGUCAUGAUUCCCUUUGCCGGCCUCGGCUUUUUCAUCGCGCUUCUCAUGAAGGGCCUCCCGCUCAACACGACCGUCGACGAGAACUUUGGCGUGAAAGCCAAGAAGCUCGACUCGGUCGACUCACUCGAGAAGGCCGACCGCGAGCAGCAGGCGUCGGUCGCCGACAACCCGCAGCAGCUGCCCCUGCCCAUGGCCGAGGUCGUCGCUCGCUCUGCGUGA